AUGAUAAAUAUCUUCCCGUUAAGUCUAUUAUUAACAGCCAAAGGAUCAGAUGUGGUAAUUGAAGUUAAAGCUGGAGAUACAUACGAUGGUAAAUUAGAAUUAUUAGAUAAAUUUAUGAAUGCCAAAUUAACCAAUGUCAAACACACAUCAAAAGAUGGAAAUUCAUUUCAUGGUAUCAAAGAAUUGCUAAUUAAAGGAAAUUCGAUUAAGUAUUUUAGAUUGAAUCCUGAUGCUGAGAAAAAGGCUUAAGAGGAAGCUGAGAUAUACGAAUAGCAAUAAUAACAAAAAUAAUAAAAGCAAAAUGAAUAAAAAUAAUAAAGAAAAGCUCAAAAUUAAAAGUCACGUGGAAAGUCUUAUCCUUAAAAGCAGCCUCAAUAGAGAAGAUGAGUUAUUUGUUAUAUUAUUAUCAAAUACAAAUAAAAAUAAGAACA